AUGUACAGUGUCAUGGUGUGCGGUAAAAGUGUUCUAAAGGUGCUCGUCCUAGUCAGUGUCCUACUUCUAGUUGGUGCAGAUCAGACUGAAGAUGUGAACAACAGCACGACCACAGCUUCAUCACGCAUCAAGCGACAGUACUACGAGUCAGAUUACUAUGGUAGUUACUACGGAUGGUAAGGUUUACUAUGUGACGUUAAUAGUCAGUGAUUCCAGGCAAGCUGGCCGCAUCGUCGGGUGGAUUCUGGGCUUCAUCGUGCUGCUUCUGGUCAUCUGUGUACCGUGCGUGUGUUGCAUCGGAAUCUGGUUCGCUGGAUGGUUCGGCCUGCGACAAGCCAUGGCCCGGCGACGAGGAAGAGCGGGACUGGCAGGUUCGACUCCUUAAUCUCUAUCACAACUUACUUCUGUUUUCUUAUCACGAUAAAUCUAUUUAACAUUGCACGGCGGUACAUCUUGUAUUUUAGCGGGUGAUAACGGCGUUUUCACGGCAUCAGGCGGCGUCAUUCGGCGUACUGUACAUGAUAGGGACUCUCCGUCAGGGUUACCGCGCGAUCAGCGUGUAGUCUACGCUCACGCUAGCGACAGAUACUUUGAGCGUCGGCCUGAGACUCCUGCCCGGUCCAGUCCUCCCAUCCACUAUUCUUCACGUAGACAUUAA